AAACAUGUUUAGCUUGGAAACGUGCUUGAUCGUGAACUUCUGAAUCAUUGAUGUGACUGAGAUAGAGUCUCAGAAAUUCUCUCAGACAUAAUGGCCAAGCACAUCUCUCAGCAAACCUUUGACGAUGUUGUCAAAGAAAAUAUGAAGGAGUUUGAUAUGGAAGUAGGAGAGGCUUUAGAGGAUGCCAUCAAACAGUUUGAGUCUCAGGGUGUAAAUCUGAGUAAUAUAGUGAAGGAUGCAAGCUUGUAUGUAGGUGGAACAUUAAACGGACAGCCAGUGGAACAUCCUGUCAUUGUUACUUUAAAAAAACUGUCAAAGUUACUUGAAGGUGGAAAGGCAGAUAAUGCUGAUGUUUGUGCAUGUCUGAAAACAUUUGAAUCAGAAUGUGAUGUUGACUUGUCCAGGAGAUGUCUAGCAGGGACCAACGGGGCUUACCCAGUUUUGUUUAAGGCUUGUGAAAAGUAUCGCUCAGAGCCAGUUAUGUUAAGACGGUGUUUAAGUGCACUUUGUGCAUUAUGUAAUGGACAGCCAGAUGUGUUGGAUAUCAGAGGUACAGUUCUCUUCACACAACUUCUGGACGAAUACCGUAAUGAUGUGGAGACUCUGGAACCAACUGUGAAACUUAUUCGUCUCUUUUGCAUCAAACAUGAGAACAACAGACAAGGGUUUGUGACGGAAAAGUUGAUUACAAAAUUGGUUUGUUUGAUUGAUGAAUUCAAAGCAGCAGGCACUUUGGUGAAGGAAAUCUGUUUUGCUUUAAGGGUGCUGACAUUUGAUGAUGAUAUUCGCGUUCCAUUUGGAAAGGGACAUGAACAUGCAAAAAUGAUAGUGGCAGAAGGAAAUGCCCUGAAGACCAUCUUAAAUAUAUGUAACGAUUACACUCACGAUGUGGGAGUGUUAGGUGAACUGUUCUCAACCCUGAGUAAACUUGCUGUCAGAGAUGAGUUCUGUAAGGAGGUGAUGGAUCUGGGUGGGUUGAAACUCAUUCUGCUAACACUCCAGGAGAAUUUGAAGCAUCAGGCCCUGUGUCGUCAAAUUCUGAGCUUACUGAAGGCCUUGGCUGGUAAUGACAACGUCAAGGUGGCCAUCGUGGCAAACAACGAGGUGAGCCUGAUCCUGGCGGCCAUGACAACCCACCAGGCUAACCCUAGGGUGGCUGAGGCAGGAUGUUCCCUGCUGGCGACUGUCGCACUACGUAACCCUGAGAGCUGCAAGAAGAUAAUAGAGUGUAACGGACACCAGGUGGUGCUUCAGGCCAUGAAGAUCCAUGAGAAGGAGUCAGGGGUUCAGAAACAAGCAUGCAUGGCUUUGAGGAACAUGGUGGCAAGAAUCAGAGAAAAUUCCGAACUCCUGUUGGAACUAGGUGCAGAAGCACUGAUAAACAAGGCUCGAAUUAGUCACAAAGAUUGUGAUGAUGAGGCUAAAGCUGCUCUCAGAGAUUUGGGCUGUAAAGUAGAGCUAAAGGAGUUGUGGACAGGUGAGAAGGGGACUCUACAGCAGUGAUGGGAACUGAGUUGUGUGGGACAGAUAGGGUAGAGGACUGAUGAUCUAGUACACCAGCAUGUGAGAGAAGGUCAUGAUGGAUGGGCAAAAUACAUCAGGGAUGAGUAAAGUACAUGAGUGUGCAUCAACAAAACUGAUGACAGAAGUACUAGAUGAGGAAAAUGAAUAUCAUGAUAGAGCACUGGGGACACUUUUACAAAAGUUGGAAAAUAAAUUUUCACAUAUAUGUAUGUAUGUAUAUUUUUCAGAAAUAACACCCUCUACAGUGUAGGCUAUAAAGCCAUAGUUUGAUUUUCAAAGUUUUGUGAAAGUGGGCAGUAGUGGGCCCCAAAGGGAAAUUAAAGAACGGUUACUGCACGGAUGGGAAAGUGAAGAGCAAUGAUGGGGAUUGGUGCUGCAUGGAUGUGAAAGCGAAGAGCAUUGAUGGGGAUUGGUGCUGCAUUGAUGGGAAAGUGAAGAGCAGUGAUGGGGAUUGGAGCUUCAGGGAUGUGAAAGUGAAGAGCAGUGAUGGGGAUUGGUGCUGCAUGGAUGUGAAAGUGAAGAGCAAUGAUGGGGAUUGGAGCUGCAUAGAUGUGAAAGUGAAGAGCAGUGAUGGGCAUUGGAGCUUCAGGGAUGGGAAAGCAAAAAGCAGUGAUGGGGAUUGAUGCUGCAUGGAUGUGAAAGUGAAGAGCAGUGAUGGGGAUUGGAGCUGCAGGGAUGUGAAAGGGAAGAGCAGUGAUGGGCAUUGGAGCUGCAGAGAUGUGAAAGGCAAGAGCAGUGAUGGGGAUUGGUGCUGCAUGGAUGGGAAAGUGAAGAGCAGUGAUGGGCAUUGGUGCUGCAGGGAUGUGAAAGUGAAGAGCGUGAUGGGGAUUGGAGCUGCAUUGAUGGGAAAGUGAAGAGAAGUGGUGGAGAUUAGAGCUACAGGGAUGGGUAAAUGAAGAGCAGUGAUCGGGAUUGGUGCUGCAUAGAUGGAAAAGUGAAGAGCAGUGAUGGGGAUUGGUGCUGCAUGGAUGUGAAAGUGAAGAGCAGUGAUGGGGAUUGGUGCUGCAUGGAUGGGAAAGUGAAGAGCAGUGAUGGGGAUUGGUGCUGCAUGGAUGUGAAAGUGAAGAGCGUGAUUGGGAUUGGUGCUGCAUGGAUGGGAAAGUGAAGAGCAGUGAUGGGGAUUGGUGCUGCAUGGAUGUGAAAGUGAAGAGCAGUGAUGGGGAUUGGUGCUGCAUGGAUGUGAAAGUGAAGAGCGUGAUUGGGAUUGGUGCUGCAUGGAUGGGAAAGUGAAGAGCAGUGAUGGGGAUUGGUGCUGCAUGGAUGUGAAAGUGAAGAGCAGUGAUGGGGAUUGGUGCUGCAUGGAUGUGAAAGUGAAGAGCAUGAUUGGGAUUGGUGCUGCAUGGAUGGGAAAGUGAAGAGCAGUGAUGGGCAUUGGUGCUGCAGGGAUGUGAAAGUGAAGAGCAGUGAUGGGGAUUGGCACUGCAAGGAUGGGAAAAUAAAGAGAAGUGGUGGAGAUUAGAGCUACAGGGAUGGGUAAAUGAAGAGCAGUGAUCGGGAUUGGUGCUGUAAGGAUGGGAAAGAGAAGUGUGUGGAUUAGAGCUGCAGGGAUGGGAAAAGUGAAGAGCAGUCAUGGGAACUGGUGCUGCAGGGAUGAGGAUUGGAGCUGUAGGGUUGGGAGAGAAAGAAUUGAGUGAGGCAGAUUGAUUCAGGACUGUUGAGAAGUGAAGAAUACUGACAGGGAAGUAGAGAAUGAACGGCAAACAGAACAGAUUCAGGAAAUAUAAUGCCAAUAGAAUGUGAUGAGAAUGUAGGUGGAAAUGGACCAAACGUUAAGGGGAAAACUAUAACAUGGGUAUUGACAAGUGAAGCAUUGGUGGAAAUUUCAGGUUCCAUAAAUCAUGUGGAGUUUAGCUGAAAAUUUCAUGCAGUAAAGCUUUGCAGAUUUGAGUUGCCGAAUGAUAUGACAGGGGAGAGUGAUCAGUCCCCAGUUGUGCAAUAAUCCCCAGUGAUGGUCUGCCUGCUGGCCCUUGCCACAUGGGUUAGACUCCCCAGGCAUGAACUGAAAGAAAAGUGAUUAUACACCCAUUAGUUCAUCUAGACUCUCAUCAAAACGUUGUUGGUUGCGCGUAGCAAGCCAGUGAUUUGUUCUCAAGUUUGGGUCUUAAGAGAAACUUCAUAAAGGCUUAGGUUGCUAAUCCACACUCUGUGGGGGUCAACCACAGUAAUUGACAGUGAAACUUAAAGAUUUCCACACCAGUCACACCUUUGUUUUUCCUCAUGAAUUACAGUGAAUAAAGUGAACAAACCUUUAUAUUCCAAAAAAAGUCCACGCUAAACAGGCUACUUGACGUAUUACUUCUCGGAUUGACAGGCUAAAUUUUCGGGUUACAUUUGCUGACUUCAAUUAAAUUUAUUUAUUUAUUUGAUUCAUGUUUUACGCCAUACUCAAGAAUAUUUCACUUAUACGAUGGCAGCCAGCAUUAUGGUAGGAGGAAGCCGGGCACAACCCGGAGAAAUCCCACGACCAUCUGCAGGUUGCUGACAGAACCUCGGUUAAAUAGGUGAAUGCUUAAUUGUUCAGAUUACAUGGAGGUAGUUAAAACUGUAAAGUAUGAAAGAGAAAGGGAGUAUUCGGUGUGGUAAUCGGGGAUUGGGGAACAGUACAGUGCCAUAAGAAUGGAAAAACAAAACAGAACAGGUAUGUUUGCUCAGGUAAAAUAGCAGUACUGUGACAAACCAUUGUGUGAAAAAUAGUGUGGCAUACAGAUGUUGUAAACAGCCGUGGUAAUAAUGUCACGCUUAAAGGCUCUAGUCAUAUGUAUUGAAGUAAACUCUAGAGACCAGUAUUUGUGUUGUGGAUUUGACAAAAGUCAAAGAAAGGAAUGUUUGAAUAUAUUCUUCCAUUGAAAUCUUCCCUCAGCCUGGUGAAUGUAAAGUGUUGUUACACUUUAAAACUGAAAUGAAGUAUUUUCUCAUAUUAGUGGUGUUUAAGUUGUUGAAGUAGAAAUUUGCAAAUUAUGUUUAAUUGUUAAUUUAUUAAUGUUUCCAAGUUUUACAUUUGGUGCUAAGUGUUUGGCAGUGUCAUGAAACACCACGUGUAAAAAAUUAGCAUACACUGUACUGAAGGUGUUGGUAUUCUUAAAAAAAAAGUAAAUGGUCAAUUUUUAUAACUUGUAGAUCUAGGCAGGUAUACAUAUAACAGGUACAAGUAUUUAAGUCUUGCACCUGUUGACUUAAAAUUAUUUAUUGUUCAGUGUACUUUUGUUAUUAGAAUGUGUGAUGGGUGGUGGUUUACUCUGGAGACUCAGGUUUCCUCAACCUGUGAACCUUCCCAACAUCUGAUAGUACAAGUGAAAAAUUAUUGAAGUAAAAUUGCCUGUCAAUAUGCAAAAAAGUGGAGGAAUUAGGGUAUAGCCAGAUGGGAAUCCGCAGGUUGCUGUAAAAAUAUAACAUUAGGGUGAUGGCAUGUAUUUCCAUUUGCAUUAUAUGUAGAGAAUUUGAUAUUUGCACAAUAAUGGGAUUAUUCUUCACGAUAUUUUAUAUGUAGCAAAUUUACUUGUCCUACAGAAAUUUUUCAUCAUCUUUUCUGUUGAAAAUAAGUAUUUCAUUGUUAUGUAUUAUUGAUUAUAUCAUUCUAAGUGUUUUUUUGUGUUGUGUGUUGUAUGUUUAAAAGUACAUGUAAGUGUAACAUCAAAUGUUGGAUGUGCCUGUGCUAAGCUAUGCCUGUGACUUUCUGGCUAUGAGAUGGGCAUGUGACUCGCUGUAUUGAGAAUUCACUGCUCCCACAACGGAGAACCACCUUGUAAUCUGAUUACCUCAGAAGUGUUUCUCAGAUUUUGUCCUAGCUGCCAAAUUCGUAUUUUGUAUAUAUAUUCUUCUUCUCUUUUUUUUCAGUACAUUUUUGGCAUUUUUACAUUCCAAUCAGUUGCUUUAAUGUACCCAUUGUGUACCCAUAAUAAUAAAGCUUUGCCCUGGAGAUUUGUCACUGCCAUUUGUAUAACAGUAGUAUGUAACGUCAACACGAGCAAUGGCAAGUUGUAGUAGUGUACACGUACAUAUAUUAGUAUUUUCUUUUUAUUUCCAUUUUCAACUUUCUACAUCUAUUGAUAUUUCAGUGUGUUGUUUAAUUUCAACUUAUACAUGGUCACUUAAAUAUAUGUUACAUUAUUAAAUUAUCCAUGCAGAGUUCCAGUGCACGUUUUCUUACCUGUACUUCUGUCC